AUGCUGUUUUCCAGGCGAGGAGGCAAGGGAGCCCGGCGCCUGCUGCUCUCACUUCUGCUUCUCGCAGCCUGGAAGGCGGGGAGCGGCCAGGUCCAUUACUCGGUUUCCGAGGAGGCCAAACACGGCACCUUCGUGGGCCGCAUCGCGCAGGACCUGGGGCUGGAGCUGGCGGAGCUGGUGCCGCGCCUGUUCCGGGUGGCGUCCAAAGGCCGCGGGGACCUUCUGGAGGUAAAUCUGCAGAAUGGCAUUUUGUUUGUGAAUUCUCGGAUCGACCGGGAAGAGCUGUGCGGGCGGAGCCUGGAGUGCAGCAUCCACCUGGAGGUGAUCGUGGAGAGGCCGCUGCAGGUUUUCCAUGUGGAGGUGGAAGUGAAGGACGUUAAUGAUAAUCCACCAGUCUUCCGAGAGAGAGAACAAAGGUUCUUUAUUCCUGAAUCUAGACUGCUGGAUUCACGUUUCCCGAUAGAGGGCGCUGCUGAUGCGGACAUUGGUACCAAUGCUCUUCUAACAUACACCCUCAGCCCCAGUGAUUAUUUCUCUUUGGAUGUACAGGCAAGUGAUGAAUUGAGUAAGUCACUUUCGCUUGAAUUGAGGAAAUCUUUGGACAGAGAAGAAACACCAGAACUUCAUUUAUUAUUGACAGCCACUGAUGGGGGCAAACCAGAGCUGGAAGGUACAGUUCAACUGCUGAUCACUGUGCUCGAUGUUAAUGAUAACGCCCCAUUGUUUUCUCAGGCCUUGUACAGAGUCCACUUAUCAGAGACUACGGCAAAGGGAACAUUAGUGACCAUAUUAAACGCCUCUGACGCUGACGAAGGUGUAAAUGGGGAAAUUGUCUUUUCCUUUGGCACUGAUGUUCCUCUUAAUGUUCAAAAAAACUUCAAAAUUGAUUCCAGCUCAGGAGAAAUUAGGCUAAUUGGUAGAUUGGAUUAUGAAGAGACAAAAUCCUACGAAAUUCAGGUAAAAGCAGUUGAUAAAGGAAGUCCUCCAAUGUCAAAUCACUGCAAGGUUUUAGUGAAAGUGCUGGAUGUAAAUGAUAAUGCUCCAGAACUGGCGGUCACGUCCCUGUCUUUGCCGGUCAGAGAGGACGCUCCUCUCAGCACCGUCGUAGCCUUCAUGUCCGUGUCCGACCGUGAUUCCGGUGCCAACGGGCAGGUGACCUGCACCCUGACGCCCCAUGUCCCCUUCAAGCUGAUGUCCACCUUCAAGAAUUACUAUUCUCUGGUGCUGGACAGCGCUUUGGACCGCGAGAGCACGGCGAACUACGAGGUGGUGGUGACCGCGCGGGACGGGGGAUCGCCUUCGCUGUCGGCCACCGCCAGCGUGUCCGUGGAGGUGGCCGACGUGAACGACAACGCGCCGGCGUUCGCGCAGCCCGAGUACACGGUGUUCGUGAAGGAGAACAACCCGCCCGGCUGCCACAUCUUCACGGUGUCUGCGCGGGACGCGGACGCGCAGGAGAACGCGCGGGUGUCCUACUCGCUGGUGGAGCGGCGGGUGCGCGCGGUGGACGCGGACUCGGGCUACAACGCGUGGCUGUCUUAUGAGCUGCAGCCGGCGGCGGGUGGCGUGCGCAGCCCGUUCCGCGUGGGGCUGUACACGGGCGAGAUCAGCACGACUCGCGCCUUGGAUGAGGCGGACUUGCCGCGCCAGCGCCUGCUGGUGCUGGUGAAGGACCACGGCGAGCCCGCGCUGACGGCCACGGCCACUGUGCUGCUGUCGCUGGUGGAGAGCGGCCAGGCGCUGAAGACCUCGUCGCGGUCGCCCGGAGGCGCCGCGAGCGCAGAGACGGCGCUGGUGGAUGUCAACGUGUACCUGAUCGUCGCCAUCUGCGCUGUGUCCAGCCUGUUGGUGCUCACGCUGCUGCUGUACACGGCGCUGCGGUGCUCGGCGCCGCCCACCGAGGGCGCGUGCGGGCCGGGGAAGCCCACGCUGGUGUGUUCCAGCGCAGUGGAGAGCUGGUCGUAUUCACAGCAGAGGAGGCAGAGGGUGUGCUCUGGGGAGGGGCCGCCCAAGACCGACCUCAUGGCCUUCAGUCCCAGCCUUCCUCCCGGUCUGAACACGUCGGAAGAAAAUGAACAUCCAGAAACAAAUUCGGACCUUUCCGGUAAUGUAAGUCCAAAUUUCAAGCUUUAG